GUUCCGACCCGGAAAGGUUACCGCGUAGUACAUGCUAAAGGCUGCUAGCGGAAAAUAAACAGAAAGCUUGUUGAACAUGGCAGAGACUCACAGCUUGCAGGACAUGAGGCAGCAGGCAGCCAUCGCUGCCAAAGUCUUCAUCCAGAGAGAUUACACCAAUGGUACCAUUUGCCAGUUUCAGACCAAGUUCCCCUCUGAAUUGGAGACAAGGAUUGACAAACAGCAGUUUGAGGAGACAGUGCGGACGCUGAAUAACCUUUACGCCGAGGCGGAGAAGCUCGGGAGCCAGUCUUAUAUUGAAGGAUGUCUGGCUUGUCUCACAGCGUACACAGUCUUCCUAUGUAUGGAGACUCACUAUGAGAAGGUUUUGAAGAAGAUCGCAAAAUACAUUCAGGAGCAGAAUGACAAAAUCUACGCGCCGAGGGGCCUUCUCCUCACCGACCCCAUUGAAAGAGGCCUGCGAGUCAUUGAGGUUACCAUCUUUGAAGACCGAAGCCUCACCAGAUAAAAGUUGCCAAGAAGCUGUACGUUUGGUGGAGUCACAUGGUGUUCAGCAGGACCAGGACCAGUGCCCACCACCCCAUGGACGACCCAGACCUACACCCUUAAUACUGCGUAUCUACAAUCUAGUACUCUUACUAUCACGUGCAUGUUCCUCUCCUCUUUAAACCAUCCUCUUUCGAUCGCUUUAAGUCCGUUUUUACCGACUGUCACGAACCUGAAGAGGAAAGCCAUCUCCCACGUUCAUCCGGCACAACAAACUCUUACAUAACCAUGACCGUAUGUAUGUUUUGAGUCAUUUUUUUACGCACUCCUUUUUGAGUAAUAAAGACAACACACAGGGUAGCUUAUUUCUACAACACUGAUUCAACUAAAUAACAAAACUCGGGUCAUUACUGUGAUUUUGCUGCGUGCGCUGUACUCCUUUCGGUUUGCGUUUUAUGUGUUUUCGCGAGGCUGCUUAGUCGCUAAUUAUCACGCAUGUAUCCUUUAAAGGUUUAACUUUAAAAUAAACUGCUGAACAUUCCAGUUAAACUGUCGAAGAUUCUGAACUUACAGCACAUUGUACAAUUUAUGCUUUUGGGUUUUUUUUAAAUACCAAAACCUGUGCUCGCUCUGUUGUGCAUAUAUUAUUAUUGAUAUUAUUAAUAUUAUUACUACUAUUUCUUAAGUCACUGUUAUUUUUAUUUUGUAAACUGUGCAAUGCAUAGUGUUCGGUGACUACUGUUGAUUUUCGACUGAUGUCUGACGAGCAUAUGUUCGUGUGUGGUGAGAUUGCCUUUGACAGAAGUAUUAAAAGUGCUCUUGUUAGC